UGUCAAAAGAUAGGUUGUUCCGUGGCUGUCGCCGUAUAUGUUGAAGAUGCUUUUCUCUUGCCGUCUCGUCUUUCAUACACGGUCUCCUCUGCCCGCUUCACUAUUUCAAUCCCAUUGAUCGACCAUCCUUUUCAAUAUCUGUAAUUUAAUUCCACUUCUUAAUCUCAAAUCGCAACAAAGAACCCUAGACUUCUCCCUUCUCCUAAUAAUCAUCAAACAAUUCAUCAUUAUUCAAACCGUUUGACUUUUUUUUUCCAUAUAUCAUCGCAAUCAUGUCCUUUUCGGUGUAAAUUUCUUCAGUAUUUCGAUCAAUUUGAGAAAUUUGUAGCUCUAAGAUCGUUGAACUCGUCAAGGAAGAAAAUAUUAAAUUUGAGGAUUAGGGUUUUAUACAGCGAUUGAUGGAAACAGUGGGUGGGGGUGUUGGUGUUGGUGUUGCCACAGCGAAUUCUGAUAGCUAUACUGGGAAUAAUUCAAAUUCGGUCUCAUCAAAUCCUUCAUCUCCGGCGACUAGGGGCGCUGGUGGUAGCAUCAGUUCUUCCCGAAGGUCGACGUCGUCUUCUGCGUUUCCUAUAGUCCGCUUCUUACAAGCUCCUGUGACUACUUUAUUUGAAUAUUCGGGUUUUCUACGACCUAGGUCAAGCAACGAUAAUCAUGAAUCCGAGAGCUUGAUUCCACACCAUCAUAAUCAUAGUUCGAGUGAUUCCAGUACGGCUUCUAGUAGCGAUGGUAGUAAUAAAUGAAGGGGAGGUUUCAAUUCGGAUAAUGGGUGACGGAGAGCAAGAAGAGGGACAUGGUGACGACGGUGGAGAAUCCGCUGUCAUAGGCGGAGAUGGUGGGGGUAGAGAGAGGGAGAUGGCCGAUUCUAGUGAUGUGGAUGUCAGGAGUGGAGCUAAUGGGAGUAAUAGUAACAGUGAUUCAUCAAAUCAACAAAGGUAUGACUUGCAGCAAGUUUCGAGGUGGAUUGAGCAGAUUCUUCCGUUCUCCUUACUCUUAAUUGUCGUGUUCAUUCGUCAACACUUGCAAGGUUUCUUUGUAACAAUCUAUGUAACUGCUUUCAUGUACAAGUCAAAUGACAUUCUUCGAAAGCAAACAGCUUUAAAGGGGGAGAGAAAACUUUCUGUUCUCAUAGGCUAUAGUAUAAUCUUCACACUUCAUCAAUCCCACCAUUCUGGCAUGCCAUUUUUCAUAAUAAUCGUAAAUGAUACAAUGGUACGACAAGCAGCAAUGACUUUAAAGUUAGUACUUCUUAUGUACUAUAAAAAUGGCAGGGGUCAUAAUUUUCGUAGACAGGGUCAAAUGUUGACUUUGGUCGAAUAUGCCCUUCUGUUAUACCGUGCGUUUUUACCUGCUCCAGUUUGGUACAGAUUCUUUCUGAACAAAGAAUACGGGAGCUUGUUUUCUUCUUUGAUCACAGGGCUAUAUUUGACUUUUAAGCUUACAUCAAUAGUGGAGAAGGUUGGUUCCUUCUAUGCUGCAAUGAAGGCUUUAUCACGAAAAGAAAUGCAUUAUGGAUCAUAUGCAACAUCAGAACAGGUAAGUGAGGCAGGAGACAUGUGUGCUAUUUGCCAAGAAAAAAUGCAAGCUCCAAUAUUGCUGUGUUGUAACCACAUCUUCUGUGAAGAUUGUGUUUCAGAAUGGUUUGAAAGAGAGAGAACGUGUCCUUUAUGCAGAGCUUUAGUAAGACCAGCUGAUAUACGAUCAUUUGGUGAUGGAUCAACGAGUCUUUUCUUUCGAUUAUUUUAAAUGUUGUUCAUCAACACACAAAAUGUUCUGAAAUCGGUUUCUUGGUAAUUCUUUUGGGGAAUUCUUUUUUCUUUUAAAGUUGUACAGAUGAGGGUUUUAAUGUUAUUUACUGAAAAAUAUAUGUUGUGAUGGGAUAAUAUGCAAGGGGA